AUGUUUCUUCGACGCUUGAGAUCUUUUACAAUAGCAGUCGGCCGGCGGCGGAUUUGGGGGCUCAUUAUCUGUCUCUUGUGCGGCAACACGUGUCCGCCGUAUUUAAGGGCCUUCCGCCCAGUUUCCGAGGAAUUUCCCGCGGCGGCGCACCAUUGUACAUGGUGCUUAACAACUGGCGCUUUAUUAGUCAACGGCUGUGCGCGUCUAAAUUUAGCCGCGGCGGGCAACUCGGCGUCACACUAUUCCCGCUCCGUAAAUACGGCCGGGAUCGCGCCGCGAAAUAAUAAUAAGCUGACCGCGGCGGGCCGAGCGGAUUUGGACCCUAUGGGGCGCGUUUGCAAAGCGGGCGCGCCCCCGUCCGCGCACUGCGGCACCCGUCGACACGGGCACGGACGCUACGCAGCGCCAACUGUUACUAACACACGAUCUCCACGCCGCCAGGGAAAGGAUCCGUCGGCACAAGAUCCGCUCGUUUGCAGCAAGCCCCCUACUGCAGUUUACAGCAACGACUACACUGUUAUUUCAGUUCUUUUGCCACGCCCGAUCGCUUUGUGGAAACAA